AUUUCCCCUGAUCCCUCAAUGUUUCAGUGUUACUCUCGCUGACAGACAUGAAGCUUGAGCUACUGCUCCUGCUGCUUGCACUGCUGCAAACCGGCCACACCGCAGAGGAGUCUUGCAUUGACCGAUGUGAUAGUGGCUUUGAUGCAACCAAACAAUGCCAAUGUGACUCUUUAUGCAAGUACUACAGGAGCUGCUGCACUGAUUAUGUGUCACUCUGUGACAAUUUGACUCGUGGAGACACUUUCCCAUCUUUCCCUGAGGAUGAGGAGAACAGCUCGGCCGUGUCACCAACACUCAGUGGUGACAACAUAAACACAAUGACCCUGCCUUCAUUUCUUGUCAAUCAACCAACUGUAUUCACUACAUCUCCACUAACCUUGGACCCUGAUGCUGAGGUGUGCAGUGGCAGGCCGUUUAAUUCUUUCAUGCAACUCAAAAAUGGCUCACUCUAUGCCUUCAGGGGAAAGUAUUUCUUCGAACUGGAUGAAAGGGCCGUGUUGCCAGGUUAUCCAAAACUCAUUGAAGACUUUUGGGGGAUAAAAGGUCCUAUAGAUGCAGCAUUUACACGUAUAAACUGCCAAGGAAAAACAUACAUCUUUAAGGGAAGCAAGUACUGGAGGUUUGACAAUGGACUCCUGGAUGAAGAUUUCCCAAGAGAUAUCUCUGUUGGAUUUGAAAAUAUCCCAGAUCACUUAGAUGCUGCCUUUGCUAUCCCUGCUCACAUCCACAAUGGCAAAGAGAAGGUCUAUUUCUUUAAAGGUGACCGUUAUUAUCAGUAUGAGUUUAAGCACCAGCCAUCCCAUGAGGAGUGCAUCCAGAUGUCCAAGAUCUUCCCGUCAGCACUCUUCAGAAGAUAUACAGAUUUAUAUUAUGAUCGCUGGGCAGAGCACUUCAGCCAACUCUUCAGUGGAUUCAUUGAAAGCCAACAUGGCAAUCACUUCAUUAGCAAAGACUGGAUUGGUAUCAAAUCCCCAGUGGAUGCAGUGCUAGCUGGAAGACUGUAUGUCUCACCUAGAUAUUUACAACGGCCCAGUAAGAGGCGGCAGGAUCAACUGGGGGGUCAACAUCAGAAUCAGCAGUGGAACCAACAGCUGAACCAACAGUGGAACCAAGACUGGAACCAACAGUGGGACCAGCAGUGGAACCAGCAACAGUUGGGCUCGCGACGCAGACAGAACCGAUCUCCUUUCUGGGACACUAUGGGUGAGAGAGGUGUUAGCAUCAGGCAGGAAUUCAGACAGAUUUUUAACCAGGACAACUGGAGAGAUCAGGACAGACAUAGGAAUGGCUAUCAACAGCAGUAUGACAAUGAUUAUGACUACAAAUACAACCCUUCUGAGGAUGCAACAUUCAACCGAAUCCGCUGGAGCCGGCCACUACAGAGUGUCUACUUCUUUAAAGGAGAUCAGUACUACAGAUUCAAUUUACAGACCAAGCGAGUUGACUAUGCCAUUCCUUCGUACCCCAGACCAAUAAGCAAAUACUGGCUGGGCUGCAGUGACAGUCCAGGAGCAGAGAAAAGAUAAGUCUCUGUAAAAUAGAUGUAGUACAGUAGUUACUGUACUUAGUGCCUGUGAUGAUAAAUAUGUACCAUUUCAUGAUAUGUAAUUAAUGUAAAGCAUAGCAUAUUUUGUAGAACAUCAUCAGUACAAUUUCAGUAAGUAAACAACCAGUUUCUAAAUCCAAAUGUAACUAAUUUAUAUGGAAAUUGUUGUGUAGAGUUAUCGUCAAUUUCUGAUCGCAGAUGGUGUAAAAAAAGUCAACCUGUAUUCAUAGUUAAUCUCUACUGAUUUAUUAGAAGUGCUGUAAAUAUGUUUGUCCAUCUGUGAUUAUGGUUCUGUGAUCUGCAGUGAAAUAUUCAUUUCAUUUAACCUGGCGAGGGAAUCAUUUUCACAUAAAGCAUGAUUAAAUAGUUAAAUAGUGACAUUGUCUUCCAUCCUCUCUGGGAGUAAGUUUGAUCAAAUGUACUGUAGUUGGACCUUGAGAGAGUUAUUUCAGGCAAUUUGCCUAUAAUAUGCCUCUGCAUUAAUAGUUUCCACAUUAAUGCCACAAAGCCUAAACAAAAUAAAGGAACUCUUCCAGAUGUUUUUAUUCCAAGAGAUUUUUAAUACCAGUCAAGAAUGAAAUUAUGAUAUUUAUGAGUUAAUUUGUCCCAUUGUAAAGCAUUGAAAGUUGAGCAAUGAGAUUAUACUAACACAACACCUUAUCUUUUAGAGGAAGAGCUCGCCCAAAACACAACUUUUAUUUAUCUGAUAAAAGUUUUCUUGAUCCUUAUGUAUUGCCUCACAUAAACAGUACCUGAAAUUCAGACACUAAAAAUAUACUCUUCCAGAUUGCUGAGUCAUAUUUCAAUCGGCUGUCUUCAAAAUCAUUAAAUAUUCAUCAUCAAUAAUACA